CCACUCUCUUUCUACUCAUCCAAAAUCCAUCAUCAUCUUCAUCUUCUCCAUUUCUCACUCUCUCUAUCUUCCACUCCAGAAUCAAACAUCAUCAAUGGCGGCCACAUCUCCAGAACUCUCCAACAUCGAUUUCAUCAGACAACAUCUUCUAAGCGACUUCUCUCUUCACGAAAACUUCCUAAUUAACGAUCUAUCCGUUUCAAAUUCGCAAUCCGAUUCUCCAUCUUCCGAUAUUUUCGAAUUCGAAUCCGAAUCUAAAAUAAUCGAUCUCACUUCACCUAAGUCCGUCAACACAAUCCGCAGAACAAGUUUCAACAAUCGGAAACCAUCAUUAACACUAGAUCUACCAUCAGUUAAGAAACUAGAGAUCACCGAACUCAAACCGACGGUUACGGAUGCGAAAUCUGAGAUAAACGAUGAUAGAAGACACUACAGAGGAGUUCGCCGGAGACCGUGGGGGAAAUACGCAGCGGAGAUUCGCGAUCCAAAGCGUCGUGGAUCUAGAGUUUGGUUAGGAACAUUCGAUACCGCUGCUGAAGCGGCCAAAGCUUACGAUCGCGCUGCGUUUGAUAUGCGAGGAAGUAAAGCGAUUCUUAAUUUUCCAUUGGAGGCUGGGAAAUGGAAUGUUGAAGAAGCUCAACCGUCUACUUCCGAUGAUUCUUUUCCGGCGCCGGCGCCGGAAAAAGGUGGAAAGAGAGAUAGAGAGGAUGAAGAAGGAGAGGAGAAAACGGUUAAGAGAGAAAAGACGGAGUUUCCAUUAACGCCGUCAAGUUGGAUGGGGGUUUGGGAUCAGAAUAACAGUAACGGUAUAUUCAAUUUGCCGUUGUUGUCACCGUUAACUCCGCAUCCGUUUUUAAGUGUUUGGCAGCCGAUGGUUCUUUAAAAUAAUAUGUUAUUAGGUUUGUUUUGAAAUAAAAAAAAAUCAUAUAUUAUGAAAUUA